GUCGGCUUCAGUGUUUCUCACCUCUGCCGCGGCUUCAGGGAUUCUCUGGGUUAGCUUUGUGACUUGUGAUAUGACUUAGAGCUUAUUGUGAGGCAAGGAGGAUCAACUGUUGCCAUGGCCAACAAUGUGUACCAUCAUCGUUUGCUGUCUCAUUCGACAGGUUGUUCAGUUCUUGAUAGCUGUGUGGAAUUACAGGCACUGCUCCCAUGCUGUGAAACCCACUGACAACCUGCAGGGCCUGGAGGAGAAGGGGGAGGAGCCAAGCUGAAACAGCCAAUAGCUGAAGCUUAGAGUCAGCCAAUGGGACAGCUGCAAACAGAUAUUGUGGCGAGCUGAAGUGAGCGUGGAGAGACGGCGAGGGUUUUCUUCAUCCUCCGUUCUCUGCCUUUCCUUCGGCCCUGUGGAAGCACUGAUCCACACCGCUGCACUGAAACACACUCAUCACUCUUUGUCCUCCUCUCCUCCCUGUCACUGCACUCUCUCUCUCCUUCUAUCUGUCCGUCUUGCUUGAGGAACAGGUCAGCAGUUCCUGAGCAGCCCACACCAGUAGGAAAGACUCUGUUGAGGUUGUAGAGCUGCUCACACAGAUUGUCCUACUCAGGCAAUGCAGGAGUAUAUCUGAACUCCGUGUUCAGCCCCCCUCCCCCCAGCCCAGAGUCUGGCCCGGUGCCACAGGGUCCAUCAGGCAAUGAGGAGGGCCAGGAGGGCCAUCUCUUUCUAGGCUCUCUCUUCUCAACCUUGUGUCUUCAUGUAUUGGGGGUCCUCCGGUGCCCCCGCCCUCUGUCGACCUCCCCGCACCUGCUGCCACCACGGCCGGCCACCCCAGUCGCCUCGUUGCCAUGCCGACAGAGACACUGGCUCCAGCCCUGCCAGAUAGCAAGGCCGCUGGCCCCGCAACACCCUUCAGUUCCACCGUACCCCUCCGCAUCCUCAAUAAGGGCCCGGACUACUUCAGGAGACAGGUGGACACUAACCCAAAGCGCCUCAGUGCUGUGGAGAGACUGGAAGCUGACAAGGCAAAGUAUGUCAAGAGCCAGGAGGUUAUCAACGCCAAGCAGGAGCCAAUCAAACCACCCGUGUUGGCUAAGCCUCCCGUCGGUCACACCCUCCUAUCCAAAAGGGGCUCUGGGAUUGGUGGAGGCGGAAAUGGGGGCGGGAUACCUUUCAAAGCAUCCAAUAACAAUGCUAAAUCAGACACAUGUGCAGGCAGCAGCAAACGAGAGAAUUUAAACCUGGAGAUCCUUAAAAAUCUGCUUAACUCCUCAUCAUCUUCAGGAGCAACGUCCGAAGGGCGCAUAGGCGGAGCUAAGAGUGCUGUGUUGAUGAGGUCGUCAGGGGGAAUGGCCAGAAGUUGGACACCAUCCGGGAUGCCGUUAACCUACCGAUCCACGAUGACGCUGAAUGAGCAUCCUGCUGAAUCCGCUCCCAGCCCCAGCACCUCACACUCCCUGCGCUCCUUUUCCCAUUCGCUGAAGGUCCCGCCGUUGAACAGCGGGGGGCGUCGCAGUCCACUGCAGGGUGGAAACCUCAACCUUAGCAGACGAGGUGAAGGAAUUAUUGAUCGCUCCCGCUCCCCACUCCCACCCCUACUCACCUCCCACUCCUCCUCAGACCUCCUGCGACUGUGCAAUGGAAAGCCGCUGAGCACGGCCCGGUCCAGCAGCUCAUCGGCUCCACCGCUCCCUCCAAAACCCAACCCCGCCUCCCUCCCACCCCCCGCACUUUCCUUUUCGUUGCCACCCCCUCGUCCAACUCCAUCCCCUUCGCUGUGUGACAACAGCACCCCACAGGGAGAUCCUACAAAUACUUCAACAGAUGCCAACCUGGAGCUUGGUUCCUCCGUGGUUCGCCGCUCCUCGCUACACAGAUCUAAGUCAGACCUGUCAGACCGGUACGCCCGGGCCGGAGCUGACGUGGAACGUUUUUUUAACUACUGUGGCCUCGACCCAGAGGAGCUGGAGGCAGUUGGUCCAGAGAACUUUGCUCGGGCCAACUCAGACAUCGUCAGCCUGAACUUUCGAUCAGCUUCUAUGAUCUCCUCAGACUGCGACCGGUCGCGGCGAUCUUCCAAUGAUGGGCUAUCAGAGGCGGCUGAGGAGGAGGAGGAGGAGGCCGGAGAGCGUGUUCCAUAUGGCAUCUCGGCUGUGGAGCGAAACGCUCGAGUCAUUAAGUGGCUAUACAGCAUCAAGCAGGCCAGAGAGACACAGAAAGUCUCCCAUGUUUAGGACAAGCACUACAGUGGAGUGGAUGUAAAACUACAGACUAACUUGUCAGAAUGAAUACAUGGACCAGAAGUUCUAAGGGGUUUAGAGACUGCGAUCUUGAACUGAACAUUUGUCAAAAUGUUUAGAUGGAUGAUUGAAUAGAUGGAAGAGAAAGCCUGACGGGUGUAACAAGCUUGGUAAGAAACCAGAAAACAUUUUGUUCAGAAAUGAAUGAGGAGAUGAGGAAAAGGACGCUAUUCCACUUUAGAUCAACAUGGUCACUAUGAAACACAAGGAAUAAAACUUGGACAGUUAUAUGAAUGACUGAAAAAGGUUCAGUCCCUUUGAGACAAACAAACACAGGACAUGUCUGAAAAGAAACAAGUUAAUGAACUGUUUCUCUAUGGACACUGUACAAUCCGACAGACAAGUCUGUCAGUCUGCUUGAGCAGCAAGAGCAAGAUGCACUGCAAUUGUCCAAGGACCCAUAAAGUGACUGCCUCAGUACAAAGGGGUAUAGGCUUUUCUCACAGAGGACAUUUUGGCUAGACUAAUCAAAGCACUGGAAGUAUGAUUAUUUUCUAACAUAGCUUGCUAAAUAACCAGCAUCUAUCUCAAUCUACUCAGAAGUGUGUCCUAUGAAAUUGUCAUGACCGUGAAGACACACAGUAGAGAUAUACUGAGGUGACACACGUAUGUCUCUUGAUUAGUGUUGAUUGAUACGCGAGAUAAAACGGAUAUAAGUCCCAUGAGUCGGGCCAGGUACAGACAUCAAAAGCACUUCUUAAAUCAGAUUGAUCAGCAUAUUUGUUGCUGUUGAAAUUGACUGUUAUUAGGGCUGUUGCUUUCUCAAAAAAUGAGGCUUAAAAGUUUAAGAAUACCACAUCAUUUUUUUGAAUUCAUUACGUUUUUUCGUAAAAUUCGGCCUCACUGAGUGGCAAGCUAGCAGGUGGCAAGCGAGCAGGUGGCAAGCUAGCAGGUAACAAGCUAGCAGGUUGCAAGCUAACCGUUGACAAGCUAGCAGGAGAAAAGCUAGCAGGACACUUUUUCUUUGUUGUUGUGUUAAAGUCAAACAGCUUUACUUUUAUCUGCAGGUUUCACAUCUAUGGUUGUCAACAUUUUUCUUCACAUUACUUGCCACCAUGCUAUGUGGUACCUGUGUUCGGCCUAGCUCACUGGCAAAGAGAAAACAAUAGCAGUCGUAUUCACUGCUGUGUCAAUGUUACAGUCAGAGUGCAAGUAACAAACCUUUAAGAUUGUUACUUCCACCUGUGCUUUUCCUACAAUGAACAGUCAAAUGUCCACUCUGAGAAAGGCCUGUUUCACAGUGUUGAUGUCUCCGUUUAAAGACACUUUGAAAAGGGUCCUGACAUCUUGGCAAAACAGACACUGAACUCUAUCUGUCAAAAAUGAGAUAUCACUUUGGAAGGUCAGUGAUGCUGGUACACAGUCUGACCAUUAUGAUCAGAUAUCAGUUUUAGGUGACUGCUAAAGGAACACUGGGUCACAAAGACUAUUAAUGAAUCGAGUUAACUAUGACAUUUCAAAAUGUUGAGAAACUUACGAAACACAAAUUGCCGUAAGCUAGCUUUGACUAAGCUUCAGCUCUUGUUAAGCUAGAUGUGACUGAGAGAUGAAGGGUUUGAAGUGUGUGAUGAAUGAUUGAUGAAGGAAUCAGAGGACAUGGAAUGACACACAGAAUAGAAUUAUAAUCACUAAAGCAUACUUCCAUACAGCAUUAAUGGUACACUAAUAUACAUACUGUACUCUAUGGUGAUGAUUAUUAACAAAUAGUCAUCAACCUGUUUCACAUUUCACUGGAGAGUUUUAGUGUCCUCUGAAUUAUAAUCCAAAAUAUGAAUACAUGAGGUGAUCGUGUCUCAUGAUGCCGCUGAGCACUGAAUCUUUUUUGUGUGGUUCAAAUGAACUUUGGUGCGUCGGAGCUUUAAUAUGGUACGUUUUGACUUGUGUGAACGCCAGCUUUCAAACUCGGAUCAACUGCAGACCAAAGAACUGCAUGCCGUUGUGUCCCUCGGUAAGACAUCUCGCCCCAAAUUGAAUUGGUAUUCAAUGUAUGUUAGUCGCUUUGGGAUUUAAAAAAAAAUUAUAUUUAGCUGUGGUGAUGAUAAGUGACCAUACAUCUCAAACAGCUCAAUAACUGUAAACUGCAGCAUGCUUUGGCUGUAGUCCAAAUUGAUAUCCCAAUACGCUUUGAUCAUGCAGGAUGACGUCACCAAAGCUGUCCAAUGAAUGAUCUAAUAAUCAUAUACCUCCUAUCAGUUCAUUUUAAGGUCAGAACAUUAAACUAAGCAUGGUGGUCUAAACAAUCAAACCUUUAAUUGUAUUAAAUGUGUCAUCACUUCUUCACCUGUUACUCGCCGAAGUGUCUCACAUACUUCCACAUGCUUAUCUGUGGGGUAAUUCAAAAGAGCCAGAAGCCCUUGUCACACAAGUCACAACUUUUGAAACCACAUAAUUUGCCUCUAAGAUCCUCAUUGGCACGCAUCAAGCACUUCCCAGCUGUAAUAUCACAAGACACCAAGACUCUCCUUUGAAACCCCCUGGUGUCUGUGAUGAUGUAGAGCACCACGCAUAUACACACCCUGAAAGCAAUACUAUUGGAUUUCUCUGUUAACUAUUACACAACAUGUUACAGUUACAGUAUAGUAUAGGAAGGUCAAAGGGCAGUUGUAGUAAUUUCAUUUGUCAGUGUUCUUUCCAAAUGACUCUUCAGAUGUUGGGUCUUUAUAGACACAUGAAUGCAGUUGCAUCCUACAACCACACACACAGAGAAGGAACUCUGCUGUUUUAGAAGACUUCAGUUUGCGUUUAUGAUGCUGUGCUUCAUGUCUCUCACUCUCUCUCUCAAAGUCAGCAACAGCAAGGAACCUGUCGCUCUACCUUUGUGUGUUUGCUGAUACUGAAGAUUGGAUGGAUUUACGCAGUUUACUUCCACUCUCAACUCUGUCACCCGUCUACAUGUCUGCAUGUUGCCGGCAUGUCUCUAGGCCUGAAGCCAUAUUGGUGUGAAUGCAGCGCCUCAGUCAGUGUCUAACUACUGUCAGUGUGUCUGUCUGCCCCCUUCCCCACCCCACCUUCAGUCUGUCAAAGUCAACAACCGGCUGGGCUAACUUCACUUCCAAAUAAUACGCUCCAACCAAACACAACAUGGGACUGGUUCCAUGCACCCAGUGUUUUCAGCAGGAAGUAGAACUUUGAUUCCCUGCACUGCGCUCGGUUAGAAAGCUUAUGCUCAUAAAAAAUAAUCAGUAUCUCAAAAAUCAUAAUGAAAGUCACUGUUGAAACCAGAAAAGAUCAAACUCUUAACUCAAUGUUUUCAUCCAACAGUAAAACUCCUGCACAUAAAUGAUAGGUUAGUGGAGUUAAGGCCUCUGAAUGCUUCAAAGAUCUCAAUCAACCAUUUCAAAACCCUAUUACCAAAAUAUACAUAUAUAUACAUUUCUUUUUUACUUUUCUAAACAAUCCAUACAGUAGUGGAUUCGUCUACAUACUGCCCUUACGUUACCUUACACCCUACUACUGGGAUCCAAAAGGGGGACAAAACCAACAAUGCUGGAUCCUUGUCAAAAUGCACCCAUAACUUCAGCUGAGACUAAUAUGAUGUGUUCUGUGUAAAGCCAAAUCACCGUGUAUAUCAUUUUGUUGGAAAUGGUAUAUAUUGUUGUACAACCCUAACCCGAGCAAUGCUGUCUUAAGAAAAGACAGAGGAAAUGUCAUACAUUUUUAAUUCUAGCCUCGUAUUAGCCUCAGCUGCACUUUCAAAUCCACAAGGUUAGUUUAAAUGAAAUAUGUUUGAGCGGAAUGGUAGGAGUUGUAUGUGGUCUUUUUAUUUUUUUGAUGAAUUCCAUCUUUCUUAAGAGACUGAAGUGGAAGUGAAGUGAGGCCAGCUGGAGGAAGUUGCCCCCCACCCAAUCACCUCGCUCUCAGCUCAGGGUUGUGCAAGCACGUUCCUGUCCAACACCCUGACAAGCCCUCCCAUGUGUUCCUCCAAACCCCAGAGCCCCUGCUGCUGCUCCCCCUCAGCAUUCAUGAAGACACCAUGGUGUCCUGGUAGCAGCAUCAGGCUUCAGUUCUCCCACAUGGUGUGUAUUUGGUUCUGACAGAUAGAGUUCUUCUGUGGUACUUUUAUUGUUUUCUUUUUUUUCUAUGUGUAAAUGCUGUAAGAACAAAUGUAUAUAUUUGAUUUCAAAAGUUACAUGUUGGAUUUCAGUUUUUCUCUGUCUGAAGCUCUAUGUGUUACAAAAGAUUCCGAAAACAAAAAAAACCUGCUGUUUCGCUCUCUGCCCUCGGUAUAGAACUGCCUGAUCACGCUGAGUGUUUCAGAGACGUAGUGUUGACUGUGUUUUUCGACGUGGAAACUGUUACAUUUUGCUUGAUUAAAAAAAAAAAAGUGUCCAUGUUCA